AUGGAACGACCACGAUUGCACAGCGCGCUCCCCGAUGCGCAAUAUGAAGACCUGGCGGCGCUCGAGAAUAACCGUCAAUUGAACGACUUGCGCCUCAAAGGCACUUUCGAACAUAUUUUCCAGAAAUACUCGCGCGAUUUCAGCAACGUCGGCGACGAAAUCGACCUCCGGACCGGCGAGAUUGUCGUCAACAAUGGUCAUGUGGCGGGGAUGAUGGAUGAAUGUGAUACUGGGGAGGACAUAUGGCGUGAAAGUGACAGCGAAUCUGAGAAUGAAGCACGAGAGCAGCCCACUGAGCCUUCAAACCCUGGACUCGCGGCGAUGGAUGGUCCCGCAGCGACGAAUGGCCCCCGUACAAGUAUCAACAAAAAGCGGACGGCAUUCCUGAAACUCGUGGAGCUCAACCCUUCUUACGCCGAUCGGGAUUACAAAACGUGUACUUUGCAGAAUAUGAAGAAGGAAUUGGAUGAGCUUCAGCCAGGUUGGGACGCAGAGAUCUUGGUGGCCAUGGCGGGAGCAACUGAGUCAGUGAAGCGAGCAAAAGUAACAAAAGAGACGAAACCAGGCCGAGCUUUGGAGAUUUCGAAUCAACCACUGGAAAGAGAUCAGCCUUUGCCGGUGGAGCUGGGUCAACCACUGGAGUUCGAGCCGGAUCAGCAGCCUUCGGAGGGGACGAAUUUCCAGUUCCUGGAGAUACCGGACUCUCAAGCUUCACAGGUGACAAUGUCUGAUGGGCCUUUGGAAGGGAUCAUAGAAGCUGCGGCAGGGAUGUCACCAGCAGCAGGCUUUGUGCAAAGCUCAACCACCACCAUUGACCCCUUCAAUCUGGAAUCGGGGAUCAGAGGUGACAUGAGUGCGGAUGCAAAGGACGCCCUUGGUGCACGCCGGAAGUCCCGCAAGGAAAGCAGCACUCGUACGCCCAAACUCUUGCAAAAGUCGCCCUCAGAACAUACUCCACAGCAGCCUGUGCGGCUUGAUCCCGUCACUCACAAAAAACAUCGCGUUGAGGUCGCGAUUUCGCAAAUGAGGAAUCAGGAGACUGAAGAGUCGACAGACGGGUCCGCUGAACACGCCCGGAACCAAGCUGCAGCAAAAGAAGCUUUGCAAACUCCGAACACUCUCCAGUCCAUUGACAGCACAGCGUCCAGCAAAGGCCGACCAAAUGGGAAACAUCCUUUUGUGGUCAAGACUCCAUCUACGAAGAGGAGUGGCAAAGCGACAGAAUCAAUUGUUGAGAACCUAGUCAAUGGUUCCUCAGGGAAGCCUGUCGUGAAAGCCGUGGCCGACACUCCUGUCAACGCCUCGGCCGCAAAGUCACCCGCAACACCUGGUGUUAGAACUCCCAUAAACGCCUCGUCUGCCAAGUCAAUUGCGAAGAAACCCUUCGCAACUCCUGCCAACGCUUCGCCUAGGAAGAAGUCAAAUGGAGAACUGCCAUCUGCGAAGCCAUCUGCGAAGCCAUCUGCGAACUCCAUGACCGAGGCUCCUGCACAGAAUACAGAGGGCACGGCAGCGAAAAAUCGAAAAGCCUCGGCCACGGAAGCUGAAGCCUCUCCCACUGCAAAAACCCCAAAGUCCACCGCGGUCCACCGGCUUCAAGCUAGCGGCCCGAAAAACCCGUCGACGCCACAAGUGGAGUCCAGCACGGACAAGCGGGACCCUGGAACGGUUCGUGGACCAAAAUCAGGGUCGAGGCUGUCGAUUCUUGACAUGAUGGAUUGCUCCGAGGAUGAACUUGCUUUUUAG